UCUCGCAUGUCUGCGGCAAAAGCCUAGGGCCCUAGAUUUAAGCGAUUACCUGGAGUGGUCGGACUACUCUGGCCUCCGGCCUCUCCACCUGCGCCGGCCGGAAAACAGAAAACCCCGCGGUCCGCUGCCCCUGGUUCCGGCCGACCUCGGACGUCCAACCGACGUGGCCUCCGAAUUCUUCGCCGAAUUACUUGCCAGGCGGCGUUGCUUCAACCGAUCUACAACCGCUCUCUCUCUAUGCGUAUGUAUUAUAUGGACUGAGGAGUAAGGGGUGGUCGGAAAUGGAGGAUCCCAAGGACGAAGCCGUCGAUCGCCCGGAAGGUUCUCGAGAUCUUGGCAGCGGAGACGCGGGACCGGACGUUCUGGAGAUGAAGAAGCGUGAAACAGUGUUGGUGAAUGGAGAGAUGGUGCGGGGUGCGGAGCAGAGUGUUUCUCAGAGCAGCGAUGGCGGUGGCUGUGGGAACGAUGAAGCUGAGGCGUCGCGGUGCGACGGAAGCGGUGGAGAAGGACGUCGGGACGACGGACUUAAAGGUGACUCCGGACGGCGAUUGCAUGUGGAGCGGAAAUUAGGAAAUUUGGCGGUUGGCGACAUCCAUGUUUCCACGGAAUGCGUCUCUGAGUUUCAGCCUGGGUGUGGCAGCGAGCAUUCCUCAGGGGUAUUUGAUAAGGGUUUACAUAGAGCAAACACUAUGCCCGGUGAGUCUGCAACUACAGAUAAAUCAGGUUCACCUAUAGAGCAGCCAAGAUUAUCACGAUCUAAAACCGAGAAGCGAAGACAAAGUUACAUGCAAAAUGACCAACCUGCACAAAUUUUUGAUGUAAAAAGUAGUGCUCGAAAGCAGAGGAAGAUGUUGGACAGAAUAGCCACUGUGAAAGAUGAUGGUACAGUCGAGGUUGCGAUGGAAGGACAUAAUCUUGUUUGUGGGCCUGACGUUAAUGAUGAUCUUGUUGGUGGGCCUGAAGUUGAUACUGGAACUGAAGAUGUUGUGGAGGAUCCUGCAGAGGAUAUCCCACCAUUGCAGAUUGUUAUGCUUAUUGUUGGGACCCGAGGAGAUGUGCAGCCAUUUAUUGCAAUUGGUAAACGUUUGCAGGAAUAUGGUCAUCGUGUUCGAUUAGCAACUCAUUCAAAUUUUGAGGAAUUUGUGUUGACUGCUGGGUUGGAGUUUUACCCCUUAGGCGGUGACCCCAAGGUUCUUGCUGGUUAUAUGGUCAAGAACAAAGGAUUUUUGCCAUCUGGUCCUUCGGAAAUACCUAUUCAGCGAAAACAAAUAAAGGAGAUCAUUAAUUCUUUGUUCCCAGCUUGUCGGGAACCGUAUCCAGAGUCUGGAAUUGCUUUCAAAGCACAGGCAAUAAUUGCUAAUCCCCCUGCAUAUGGACAUAUUCAUGUGGCAGAGGCGUUAGGGAUACCACUUCACAUAUUUUUCACAAUGCCUUGGACGCCAACAAGUGAGUUUCCACAUCCUCUAUCUCGUGUCAAGCAACCAGCAGGAUAUAGACUCUCAUAUCAAAUUGUGGAUUCAUUAAUUUGGCUGGGAAUUCGAGACAUGAUCAAUGAUUUUAGGAAGAAAAAGCUCAAAUUACGACCCGUCACAUAUCUGAGUGGUACCCAAGGUUCUUCCUCUGAUGUGCCUACUGGGUACAUUUGGAGUCCUCACCUUGUUCCAAAACCAAAAGAUUGGGGCCCAAAGGUUGAUGUGGUUGGCUUUUGCUUUCUUGACCUCGCAACAAACUAUAAGCCUCCAGAGUCACUGAUACAGUUUAUAAAGAAGGAUAAGAAAAAGCCCAUCUAUAUUGGAUUUGGUAGUCUUCCUGUUCAACAACCAGAUACGAUGACUCGGAUCAUAGUGGAAGCAUUGGAAAAAACCCAUCAGAGAGGAAUUAUUAACAAGGGCUGGGGUGGUCUUGGAAACUUGGCAGAAGGUAAGGACUUUGUGUAUUUGCUUGACAACUGCCCUCACGAUUGGCUUUUCCUGCAUUGUGCUGCUGUGGUUCAUCAUGGUGGCGCGGGGACAACUGCUGCUGGGCUUAAGGCUGGGUGCCCUACAACUAUUGUGCCAUUUUUUGGAGACCAGCCCUUCUGGGGGGAGAGAGUUCAUGCCAGGGGAUUAGGACCACCUCCUAUUCCUGUAGAUGAGUUCUCAUUAGAGAAGCUAGUUGAAGCAAUCAAUGUCAUGCUCAAGCCUGAGGUCAAAGAAAGGGCAGGAGAGUUGGCAACGUUAUUGGCAUCAGAAGAUGGAGUGACAGGUGCAGUCAAAGCCUUCCAUAAGCAUCUUCCACGGAAAAUGCCACCAGCUUUAACCACACCCAUGCCGCCAAGUUUAUUAGGGAACUGUUUCAGCUCAGUGACGAAAUGUUUUGGAUGUACGUAACUGCUGAACAUCAAGUGUGAUUGUAUCACUCGAAACUUCUUGGCCAUUUCUCUCAAGGAGCAUGUCUAAAGCGUCAGCAAAGAAGGGAAGAUGAGGUUUGUUGUGUUUGCGUUUGCCUGUUCCCGUUGUAUUCAUUCCUAUUUCAUGCCACAUAAAGAUCUUAUAUUUGUUCAAUCCAAUGGCGGCCCACUUUCCUGUUAGUGGAACUUGUUUGUUGUGGAUAGUCCGCUCUUAUUAUAUCUACAAUAUCUGAUGAUCA